GAACCUCCCCAACGGUUAUAUUUGACUGGGAUAUGCCAACGGUCAUGUUGACCGCCAUUGUCUCUCGUCCGAUCUACAUCCGACGGCCAUGGAACAAAAAUCUAAAGACUUUCCCGCCGACCCUUUUACUCUCUCACACCAUUCUUUUCCUUCUUUCAAGCCGUGGGAGGAUCAAAUCAAUCAAAGAAACCAGGAAAAUCUGACCAGCAAUGGUCCUGGAGGAAGAAGAGAGAAAGAACAACAAUGGUUCACUAUAAUAAACUAGUUAAUGAUCGUCUUAUCUUCUUUUGGGUGAAUUAUAGUAUCUACUAGGCAAUCAGUUGGAGUUGGCUUGAAUGUGUGAAGAUAAAGAGCGUUUGUAGCUGCGGAAUUUUGGGAUUUGCUUUAGAAACAGAUCCAGCUAUCAUGGAAAUUUUACAAGUUUCAUGUGCUGAUAUGGGUCUGAAAGCUGUCCAAAAUUUCAGUUACAAAUUCAAGCAAGUAUCUCGUUGGAUUUCCAUGCAUGGUGUCAGUCCUCUUGGGGAUAAGAACGAUAGCUUUCUUCAAUGAUUUUCUGGGCGAAAUUUGGAAUCCGAUGAUGUUUUUCUGGUAGGUUAAUAGGAAGCCUUAUAUAUUCUUUCAUUCUUUUGGGGGUUUUGCAGCCUCUUAUUUCAUCAUCUUUCCCUUUACAUAGAAAUCCAACACCAGAUUUGUGAAAGGUUUAGAAGUUUCUUAUUCAGAUUUCUUACAGUUCAGUUUCCAUCGGAUUCCAUUUUUUGUGGGUUUUUUUUAAUUUUUAAUUUGAUUUGAAUAGUUCAUAUACACAUAGAUUUACAGGGGAAAAAAAAAGAGAGAGGUUUACAGAGUCUGGGGAGAAAACCCAGAAACAGGGGAGGGAUAAGAAAAACAGAAAAGACUAGUUGAAUUGAUUUUGAAAAGAAGAAAAAAUAGAGGGGGGAGGGGGAGUGAGGCAAAAGAAAGAAAUUUGGAAGACUAUAGAGGAUGUUGGCUGGGUUUUCUACGUUGCUGUCACCAAGGCAUAGAUUGAGGAGUGAAGCAUCUGCGCCGUUUCAAGCUUGCCAUUUUCAGUGUCCUUCAAUGAGUACACAGAGAUUGGAUUUGCCAUGUAGUUUCCCCCGGAAUGAUGCCCAACGUUCCCAGCCCAUUCGACCUGUUGGCCUCUCCGUGGAGAAGCAGACCGAUGCUAAAGGGAGUUGUUCUCUUAAGCAGAAAAUCCGGCUCCCGCCUUCCAUCACCACCUCUCAGACUGCACUUUGGGAAGGAGGGAGAGAGAUUGAAGAAGGGUUUUGGAAGAAAGAGAGGAGCUUGAAGAGGUUUUCCGAGCAGACUUCAUCUGAUGAAUCGUGCGCAAACAGGGUCAAGAGGAAGAGAAGUAGCGGAACAACAAAGCCUGAUGCUUCUUCAGAAGGAGAAAGAAUGACUCUAACCCAAGUGGGUAGAGAUAACCUUUGGUUUCAGCAGAUGCCACAGUCACUGCUUGGAAUCACAGGCCUAGAUCCCCCUCCACAAGUUCAUUUUCCUGUGUCUUCGGGAGAGGAAGAGAAAAUCUUUUUUGUUCCUGGUGAUGGGGUCGUACCACCUCUGGCAUUGCCCAACAAUCCUUUGAUGGAGUCUGUAGUCACUGAGAUUACAGAUAAAGGUGAGAAGGACGUUGAUACCACCAGCCAAGAGCCUAGAAGGGAAAUUUCAGGAUCCACCUCAUCUGAAGGCGAUAGUUUGAUUCCAAGACGAAUUGAGAUUUCCUCAGGGAAUGGAACGGGUAAUGGGUCUCAGCGCCCUUACCCAUCUGAGGGAACCAAAGUAGCAGCUGGCAGUGAGGAUGUCCAUACAGAGCAUCAGGGAUUUGAGCUUGUAAGCUUACUGGUGGCCUGUGUGGAAUCAAUCAGCUCGAAUAACAUCCCGGCUAUCAACCAUUUUAUAGCUACUCUUGGAGAGCUUGCUUCACCAGAAGGAACUUCCAUUAGUCGUGUCAUUGCUUACUUUACAGAAGCUUUGGCAGUAAGAGUUGCAAGGCUCUGGCCUCGCGUAUUUCAUAUUGCGACCCCUCGGGAGCUUGAUCGGAUCGAUGAGGACAUGGGUUCUGCAGUUCGGCUUCUAAACCAUGUCAGCCCAAUUCCAAAGUUCCUUCAUUUCACAUCCAAUGAGAUUCUGCUGAGAGCAUUUGAAGGAAAAGAUACGGUACACAUAAUAGAUUUCGAUAUUAAACAGGGGCUUCAAUGGCCUGGUCUAUUUCAGAGUCUAGCCACUAGGCCCAAUCCCCCAAGCCAUGUAAGAAUCACAGGAAUAGGAGAGUCCAAACAAGAACUUCAAGAAACGGGCAAUAGAUUGGCGAGAUUUGCAGAAACCUUGAAUCUGCCGUUUGAAUUCCAUGCAGUUGUGGACAGGUUGGAGGACGUGAGGUUGUGGAUGCUUCAUGUUAAGGAAAAGGAAAGUGUGGCGAUUAAUUGUGUUCUUCAACUACACAAGAUGCUUUAUGAUGAGACUGGUGUAGCACUAAGGAAUCUGUUGGGUUUGAUAAGUAGUACUAACCCAAUAGUGGUUCUCAUGGCAGAGCAAGAAGCUAUGCACAAUGAUUCCAAUUUGGAGGGAAGGGUUUCUAAUUCAUUCAAAUACUACUCUGCAAUAUUUGACUCCAUUCAUUCUACCCUGCCAUUAGAUAGCUUGGUUAGAAUCAAAAUAGAGGAGAUGUUUGCUCGGGAAAUCAGAAAUAUAAUUGCCUGUGAAGGAAGUGACCGAUUGGAAAGGCAUGUGAGUUUUUCAAAGUGGAGGAAGAUGAUGGAGCAUGGAGGAUUUAGAAGCAUUGAAAUCGGAGAGAGGGAGAUUCUUCAGAGCCGAAUGCUGUUGAAGAUGUACUCUUGUGAGAACUACAGUAUCGAGAAGCAAGGCGAAGAAGGAGCAGCAGGGCUUACUGUCAGUUGGCUAGAGCAACCUUUGUACACAGUUUCAGCAUGGGCGCCUGUUGAUGUUGCUGCCAGUUCCUCCUCUUUAUCUCAGCCAAGUUGAUGGUGAUGGUUUUCGUCAUCGCUACCGUGCAGAAAGGGUAACAAAAAUUCUUUGUAGAGGUAGAGAAUUCUUUCAUUCUUUGAUUGCAUUAUCUGAUAACUCAAAAACCAUAUCCAAGAAUAGAGGGAGCUAUUCAUUUGAGUUCUAAGAUCAGAUUAUCUAGAUUUUAUUUGGAAUGUGAAGUCUUUUUUUAUAGUUAUUCUUUGAUGUAUUCUUUAAAGCAGUGUCAUAGUCAGGUAUUCUUUCUUUCGCAUUGUGAGUCUGGGACUCUUUGAGUAUGUUUGAAUCCUUUCUUACCAUUGUAAAAGUCAGGUAUUCUUUAUUAGAAUUGUUUCUUAGCAGUGUCAUUUUCUCUUUUUUAUAUGAAACAGUUGAUAGUUGUUCAAACGAUGUGUGUAAUUGGAACUUGGAUCAUUAUAUGAAGUGAAAUACUUUCUUUUC